AGUAAUCCUUAUGCUUUGAAAGAUUCUGCUACCGGCACAGAAAUGACUGCUUGGACAUCAGCUGGAUUGCAGCCCACAACUGGAUAUUAUUCAUACGACCCUAUGUCCGCUUAUGGCUAUGGAGCCAGUUAUGAUUUAGCAGCCCGUCGUAAGAAUGCCACACGUGAAUCUACAGCUACAUUGAAAGCGUGGCUUAAUGAACACAAAAAGAAUCCAUACCCAACCAAGGGUGAAAAGAUCAUGCUGGCUAUUAUUACGAAAAUGACAUUGACUCAAGUCUCCACUUGGUUUGCUAAUGCACGACGUCGUUUAAAGAAAGAGAAUAAAAUGACGUGGGAACCGAAAAAUCGUACAGAUGAUGAUGACGAAGCAUUGGUGUCGGAUGAUGAGAAAGAAAAGGAUGAUAUCGAAAGUGAAAAGUCUACUCAUGCAGCUCCGAUGCAUUCUGGAAGUGGAAGUGGCAUAUCUAGCGAAAGUCGGAAAGAGCAAGCAAAAGACGACGAUGAAAUUGGUGAUGAAGACCAAAAAUCUUUGACUCAUUCAACAGAUAUGCGAGGCAGUUAUACAAGUAAUAACUUCCACAGUUCAGCUUUAGGUAAUCAUCCACAUAGUUAUCAUCCUUAUCACCAUCAACAUCCAGCCUAUUAUCAGCAUCAACAAGCAAUGCUUGCGGCUAGCUAUAAUUCUGCUAAUAGUAUCAAUAAAAUUGAAAGCAUCGAUCCAAAAAACCAGCUGAGCCGGGACUGUGGCGUGCCGAUUCCAGCAACCAAGCCCAAAAUUUGGAGUUUGGCCGACACAGUCGCCUGCAAAACACCACCACCAACAGCAACAUAUAUGGGCCAGGCGCAACAGCAGCAGCAUCAUCACCAAAUUCAACAGCAUGUAAUGCAACAGCGCCGAUUACAACAAAUGAACGGCAACCACAACAUGCUCAUGCCGCAAAUGACAACUCAACUGCAACACUCAAUCGAUCCGAACCAAGAAUCGCCGCAUAUGAUGAACGAUUACGUCGCAGCUCCUUACUCACGGGUGCCUACCACAGCAUACGGGGGUUUUCUAGGAGCUACAACGCAGCAGCUGCAUACUACGAACAAUAUCCCUUACAACAACAAUACACAACAACAACAACAGCAGCAAUAUCAAUCACAGCAACAUCAGCAUACAGACACUCAUACGCCUACCAUCCCUAUUAUAACAAACCCUUUAGCAGCCCAUCAACAACAGCUAAACAUGCGAUCCUUACAGAAUCAACACGUAGCGAAUCAGCAGGUGAUGGGGUUUCCCGAAGCCCAACCAGAUACUCCACCCCAAACUCCACCGAACUUGAAAGUGCAGAGCGUAGCAGCGAAUCUAUUACUUUCCGCUACUCAAGCCCCUAUGAUCGGUAUUUGCCGCAGCAGUAAUAUGAUGACUAGUUCCAACCUUUAUCCUUCAAAGUAUACAACAAAUUUCGGCGAUUACUCACCGCGUGAUGAGAAUUCAAGUGCUAGUAGCUGCAGCUCUACUUCUUCGCAAUUGCCACAGAUUGAAACAAAGUUUAAGCCGCUUUUUAAUAGUCAUCAACUGUCAACAGCUGGUUUCGUACCACCGGUUUAGGGACCCUCUCUUUGAUAUAUAAAUAACGCUGAGAAACGGUAUUGAGAGCUUAGGUAUGUUCCGAUGUCAACAUUUUUAAUAAUUAUUAAUUUUUUUUAAUUACGAAUUGAUGUUAAUAUAAAAGUAAAUUCAAUCAAAAUUAAGUUGAAAUCUUUUCAUUACCACUUUUAGUAAAUUUUGUUGUUACUUGAAGCAACUCAAAGG